UGCAUGUGUUGUAUUUGUUGAGUUCGGGGCUCGAAUACUCCAAUAACUCGGGGCCUAUUUCGACUUGUACUACGUUUGCUUAAGUUCUGUUAGGAAUUUGUAAAGAAAGUGAAACAAUUUUUAUAUGUAUUUUAUUAAACUUCGGGUUACCUUCAAUUUAACGUGGAAUCGUUUAUGAGUUCUUUCAUAAUCAUUACGAGCAGUAGAUUGCAGUGUUGAAAAGUCAUAGCAUAAAGUUGAAUAUGGAAUCACCAACCCCGCCAAUUGACGUUGAAGAUCGUAACGGUUCAGCAAUGGAUGCCUGUUUUACGGCAUUCGAUAAAGACGGUGAUGAUCGUCUCAACUUAGCAGAAUUUACUCUGAUAUGCCGUGCUCUAUUUCGAAACGAUAAAGGUCACAUUUAUGAAGUACCGCCAGAACGUUUGGAUCAGAUUUUUGAAGUUUUCGAUACGAAUCGUGAUGGAUUUAUUGAUCGUGAAGAAUUUAAAUUUUGUUGGAACCGAUGGAUUAAGGCCAUCGUUCGUCCUGUGAAUGCUUUUCUCAUUGUUGACGUUCAAAAUGACUUUAUAAGUGGAUCGCUGGAUAUAAGUAAUUGCAGUGCACAGCACAAGGGACAGGAGAUCUUGGAUCCAAUAAAUAAUCUCUUGGGAACAGUGGAUUUUGAUGCAGUGUUUUAUUCAUUGGAUUGGCAUCCAAGUGAUCAUGUAUCAUUCAUAGAUAAUGUCAAACUAAGACCUUUGGAUGAAACUUCACCUAUUGAUGCUAAUUCAGCACAAGUUUAUGAUACAGUAAUAUUUGCUGGUCCACCACCAAUGAAGCAGCGAUUGUGGCCACGGCAUUGUGUGCAGGAUUCUUGGGGCGCUGAAUUACACAAGGACUUGAAGAUUGUAGACCAAGGAAUUAAAGUAUACAAAGGUACUAAUCCAGAAGUUGAUUCCUAUUCAGUUUUUUGGGAUAACAAAAAGCUUUCGGAUACCACACUGAAUGCCCAACUAAAGAUGAAAGGAACCACAGAUAUUUACAUUUGCGGUCUGGCGUACGAUGUUUGCGUUGGUGCAACUGCUGUUGAUGCCUUAUCAGCUGGAUAUCGAACAAUUUUAAUUGAUGACUGUUGCCGUGGUGUGGACCUUCGUGACAUCGAAAGCAUCAAAGGAAAAGUGAAUUCAAGCUACGGGGUUAUUGUUCACUCAGACGAGGUCAAAGCUAUGGUUGAAGGAAGGGAUCGUCGUCCAGAAUUAGGUUAUAAGCUGGCAAUGGAAUUGAAGAAUCCCGAUUCCGUACUCUCACAAAGAAAUGGCAGCCUAUCAAAAUAAAAAUAUGAAGUACUCAUGUACAAUAUGUAUCUAGUUAUGUAAGAACAAAAUGUAAUUCGAACAAUAUGUAUUUUUGCAAUUGGAAUUUUAGUCCUUUGAAAUUAUAGAUCAAUAACUUAAGCGUGCAUUCUGCUUCUAAAUAUUAAUCCUGAAUCAAUAUUGUUUAAAGUCCGAAAGAUUUGCUUCAAUGGAAUUUUAUCAUUAUGUACUUACAUCUUAAUUAUACCAGAUUCAGGACUUAAAUUGUAGUUUUGAGUUUAUAUUCAGGAAACGAAGGCAAAAGGAGAGCUUUCAAAAUGUAUGCUUUUCAUUUGUAUUUUACUUUAACAGGCGCUUAUUCUAUAUAAAAAUAAAGUAUAAAAAUCAUUGCUUACAAGACCAUAAGGUUCUUAAAAGUCUAAAUGCUUAUAAAUAAAUAAUAAAUAAAGACA